AUGACCAACAUCUUAGUAUUUUUCUCAUAUAGUAAGACUCUUCUCAUCUUAGGCUUUAUUUUUCUAUUAAAUAUAGAAAAAAUUCAUUGUGAUAUUGGCGUCGGUGGGCGUCGUGGCCGUGUUGAAGCUGCCGAUGCAUCUACUACUAAGGUUUUCGAUAUUACCACCUAUGGUGCUAAGGGAGAUGAUAAGACUGAUUGCACAAUGGCAUUUAUGAAAGCUUGGAAGGAUUCAUGCAAGAAUGAUGGUCCGGCAAAAAUUCGUGUGCCUAAAGGGACUUUUAUGACAGCGCCCAUCACAUUUCAAGGGCCUUGCAAAAGUACCAAGCCUAUAAUCGUUGAAGUUCAAGGAACUGUAAAAGGAACAAAUGAUUUGAGUAAAUAUACGGAGGAUACUUGGUUUUUGUUUGAAAAGAUUAAUGGAGUUGUUCUCACCGGUGGAGGAACCUUUGAUGGACAAGGAUCUUCUGUUUGGAAGAACACUGACUGUGAGAAAAAAAAAGAUUGUGGUAGACUUCCUACUUCUAUCAAGUUCCAAGGUGUAACCAAUGCCGUUGUUUCCGAGAUUACUUCCAUCAACAGCAAACAUUUUCACUUUCAUAUCACAGACUGUACUAAUUUUAAAGCUAGUAAUCUCAAUAUAGUGGCUUCUGGUGAAAGCCCUAAUACUGAUGGGAUGCAUAUUAGUGAUACUAAUGGUGUUGUAGUAACUAAUAGCAAAAUUGGAACCGGUGAUGAUUGCAUUUCCAUUGGACAAGGAGUCACCAAUGCUGCCAUCUCUAAAAUCUUUUGUGGUCCAGGCCACGGCCUUAGGUAG